AUGGUGGUAGCGACAAAAGCUCCGGUUAAACCAGCAGUGCUUAGUACUACGACGUCCGCGCCGAAAAAAGUAACCAGCGACGACAAAAACGGUCGUGUUGCCACCAAAGAAGAUUUCGAAUUUUACGCUCGACUGGCUAAACUAAUGAUUCUCAGGAAGGACAAUACGGAAGUGACAUCGAAGUAUUCGACGUGGUUAAAAUCGCUUAGGAAUCAUGAAAACAUCAACACCGGAGUGGACUACGUCAGGUUGAUGGUGAUGGCCUUGCAACAUCCGGAACCGGUGUGUCCGUUCAACGAUUACCCUCCGGCCGACAUCGAUCCGUUGGACUGCGAUCCGAUGGAAAAGGCUAGAAGAAUCGUCCGGCAGCACGACGGCGUGUCGUGUGUGCCGCCCUUUUCGAACCCUCCGGUCGUGUCGGCAGUUUCCGAGGACCGACGUCAGUACGCGGCCUACCAGACGGUUCCGAACGCGGGCGUUCAAUGUUACUACGUCCGAGCCGACGAGCCGAUGAGUGGUUGGAACUUUCCGUCGACUAUUUCGAAACCGGACAAUCCCAUGCACGCCGGCCCGUUGGAUUGGGAACGAUCGUUGGCCGGUAUUUUAAAAAAGCCUCGGAGUAUUCAGAACGGGACUGAGACGUCACUGGAAUCUUUCGUCAAUUCGGGUUCGAAGGCCAAGUACACGUUCAAAGACUCGACGAACGCUUGCAAAAUAUUGAACGUGCUUCAGGAGGGUAUUGACGUGGGUGACGGCGUUUUUAAGUGGUCCGAGUACAGUCUUCUAACGGGCGACACCAUUCCGGGAUCAGAUUUGUGCAUCGACUGGAUGGUGCACGAGCACGAAAGGACUCAGCUGGAGAUAGACGAGGAAAUCAUCAAUUCGUUUGACAAACUGUAUCCGGGAAAUUUUCGUUUGUCGGCUUGCCCCGAACUGCUGGAAGGCAUUUAUCGGAAAUUUCAGUGUGCCCAAGAAAACGGUUCGAAUUUUUUUAUUUAUACGGCGCGAUCGACUUAUCGAUGA